AUGCAUCACCCCACACUCUGUGCCGUGGCAGUUGCCCUGCUGUCUGCGCUUCCAGGAGCUCAGGCUGGUCUCUACUCCAAGAAGUCUCCUGUCUUGCAGGUGGAUGCGAAGAGCUAUGACAGACUGAUUGCGAAGAGCAACCAUACCUCUAUUGUCGAAUUCUAUGCCCCAUGGUGCGGCCACUGCAAGAACCUUCAGCCAGCCUACGAAAAGGCUGCCAAGAACCUGGCUGGGAUCGCCAAGGUAGCCGCGGUGGACUGCGAUGAUGAUGCCAACAAGCAAUUCUGCGGUCAGAUGGGCGUGCAGGGCUUCCCAACGCUCAAGAUUGUCAGGCCAAAGAAGGGAGGUGGCAAGCCGAUGGUGCAAGACUACAAUGGCCAAAGAACAGCAAGCGGUAUUGUCGAGGCUGUGGUGCAAGCCAUGAACAACCACGUUGUCAAGGUUGAGGACAAGACCCUGGAUAAGUUCUUGGAUGACGAGAAGGACGCCCCAAAGGCUCUUCUCUUUACUGACAAGGGGACUACAUCCUCCUUGCUCAAGAGCAUUGCCAUUGACUUCCUCGACGUGAUCACAGUCGGACAGGUGCGGAAUACUCAGGCCAAGGCCGUGGAGAAGUUCGGCAUCACCAAGUAUCCCACCCUUAUCCUUCUGCCGGGCGGAGAUGCCCCGGCGGUAACCUACGACGGAGAGCUCAAGAAGGAGGCUUUGGUCACAUUCCUCUCGCAAGCCGGAGCGCCCAACCCUGACCCAGCGCCUGCUAAGCCCAAGGCUGCAAAGAAGGAAAAGAAAUCUGAGAAGAAGACUGAGAAGAAGACCGAGAAGAAGGCCGAGAAGAAGGCCGAUUCAUCCGAGUCGUCAUCCACAGCCGAAUCCGAGCCUGAGGUUCCAACACAAGAAGCCCCCGUCAUCAUCGAGAAGGCCUUGCCCAUUCCCACCAUCAACUCCCAGGAGAAGCUGAUCAAAGAGUGCCUGACCGAAAAGUCUCACACUUGCGUCCUUGCCUUUGUCUCCAACAGCGAAAGCGACUUGGCCAAGAAGGCACUCGACAGCCUGGCCCAACUCUCCUUCAAAUACGCCCAAGGCAAGCGCAACCUCUUCCCCUUCUACGAGGUACCCACCAGCAUCAACGGCGCCGCCCCUCUCCUCAAGGCCCUCGAUCUCACCAACGAGGUGGAGAUCAUCGCCAUCAACGCCCGCAGGGGCUGGUGGCGCCACUUUGAGGGUGCCGACUUUGCGCACACCACGGUGGAGAGCUGGAUCGACGCCAUUCGUAUGGGCGAGGGUUCCAAGAAGAAGCUUCCCGAGGGCAUUGUGGCCAUCUCGGUGGAGCAGCCCACACCGGCUACUCCGGAGCCCGAGGCGGACCCGACUGCUGCGGACACCCCCGACGCGACUGAGGCCGCCACCAGCGAGGAACCCACUCCUCUGACUCCCGAAGAGAACGCCACUCGAGUUCCACCCGAGUCCUCCGCGACCGAGGCCACGGAUCCCGAACCAGAGUGCCAGACUGGUGCUGCCGAGCAGUGCGGGGCCAGGCCUGCCGCAGAGCAUGACGAGCUUUGA